AUGGAAGAGUUUAAUGCAUGCAUUGAUGCGUGUGGUUUUGUUGAAUUGGCUCACCAUGGGAAUGCACUUUCUUGGUGUAAUGGCCAGGAAGGAAAUGCUCGUCAAUGGGCACGGUUAGACAGGGCUCUAGCUAAUUUGCUGUUUUCUGAGUCUUUUCCGUCGACGAAUCUAGAAUAUCUUAAUCGUAAGUCCUCGGAUCAUAGUCCUAUGGUGGUGAAGUUAUCUCGUUUCUCGCCCAGGCAUGGGCCAUCUCCUUUUAAAUUCCAAAACAUGUGGUGCUUGCAUGAUGCAUUUCAAAAUUGUGUGAAGGAUGUGUGGGAGAGGCUUGUAUAUGAGUCAAACUUGGUGAAACUAGCUGCUAAAUUAAAACGCACCAAAAUUGCACUUCGAGCAUGGAAUGUAUCUGUGUUUGGGAGGAUUGAUCAGAAUAUAAAGCAAUUGGAAGGAAGGCUAGUAUGCUUGGAAUCCCAACUUCAGCUGAAUUACUCAGAGGAUAUUGAGUCUGAGUAUCUUAUAUCCAAGCUGGAGCUAGAGGUGUGGGAAAAGAGAGAAAAAGCCCGACUGGCUCAAAUAACGAAGAAGAAGUGGUUGAAAGAGAGGGAUAAGAACUCAAAAUUUUUCCAUGAGGUGAUUAGUCAAAGACGACAAAGUUCUUCUAUUGCACAGAUGGUACUUGAGAAUGGGAAGGUGUUGAGCUCGCCUGUAGUAGUACAUGCGGGAGCUGUGAAGUAUUUUCAGGAGCUUUUAUCAGAGGCUACAGAAACGGAGAGGACAGACUUGCAUGGAUUAAUGCAUCCGGAAGUAUCAUUGAUUGAGAAUGAGAAGCUGUGUAGUUCACCCAUGGAGGAGGAAGUGCUUGCUGCGAUUUUCUCCAUUCUGCAGCAAAGCAGCCUGGGUCCAGACGGUUUUGGAUCAUCUUUUAUACCUCCUGUUGGGCUACAGUUAAAGAGGAUGUACUGGAAGCGGUGA